AUGCUUAGACGGAUAUUACAGAUGACUCCUGGGAAAGGAGGCUCCCAGAAUGCAGAGACAGAGCAGCCGAGCACAGAAGUUAACCAUGAUCAAACCUCAGAGGGCUUCAUCUGUCCUCAAUGCAUGAAGUCCCACAGUUCAGCAGAGGAUUUGUUCAAGCAUUAUCAGCUAUUCCAUGACACUGGAGACCUUCCAGCGCAUAUGGCCCCCACCAGAGAAGACCUCACAAUGUUGCGGCAGGAAGUUCAGGACCUUCAUACAUCACUUAAGGAAGAAAGAUGGUUCUCUGGGGAGCUGAAAAAGGAACUAGACAAAGUCCAAGGACACCUGAAGCAAAAUGAUGGGCAGAUGAGCUCAGAAGAUUCAGUAUUAGAAAAGAAGCUAAACGAAUCUGAGACUGAAAAAUUUAACAUUAAGCAGAUGAAAGAAUUGUUCGAGCAGAAGGCCGCCAUGCUGGCCAAAGAGGUAGUUGAUAUCAAGUCCCGUUAUGACGAAGAGAAGAGUUUAAGGGAGGCCGCUGACCAGAAACUUUCCAAUCAAACUGAACUUCUGCAGCAAGAGAAGAAAGAGAACGAGAGACUCCAGACCGAACUGCUGCAGCGUCCAGGAGUGGAGGACGUUGAGGUGCUGAAGAAAGAGCUUGUGCAGGUGCAGACACUAAUGGACAACAUGACUCGAGAGAGAGAGGAGGAGUCUGAGAGCCUCAGAAACCACUAUGAGCAGCUGCAGGCUAAAUUCACUACCUCAGAGAUCCGUAAACUGGAGGUGACAAUAUCCCAACUUAAAGAAGAGCUGGAAAAGGGUCCUCAAGAAGCAGCUGUCUAUACACAACAGAUCCACCAGCUGCAGGGCGAGCUGAAUAAUGUAAAACAGCAAUGCCAGAGUCUUUCUGAAAAGCUGGGACGCAAGGAAAAGGAAUAUGAGCAGCUAGAGGAGCAACUAAAGACAGAAAAGGCUGCCAAAAAGGAAGGUCAACAUAACCUGAGAGAGAAAGAGCGGGAACUCCUGGAGCUGCAGUCUCGAGCAACUGGAUUAGAAGCGUCACUGCACAAAGCCAAUGCAGAGUUUGGAGAGAAAGUUGAGGAGGUGACUAAGUUGAAAGGUGAAAUUACAGACUUGGAGGUGAAGCAUGCCGAACUGAGGGUUGAGCGGAAACAGUUGGAACAGCAGAGGGAAGAGAAGGACAGCCAAGGUGCUCAGCAGCAGACAGAGAUUGGUCAGCUCCAUGUAAAACUUCUGGAGGCAGAGAGGCAAGUGGGUGAGCUCCAAGGUCGUCUAAAAGAACAGCGACAGCUGUCGGGGGAGAAACUGAAGGACAGAGAGCAACAAGCAGCCGACCUUCAGCUUAAACUUUCACGUGCUGAAGAGCAGAUGAGGGAAGGUACGAGUAAGAAUACUGAUCUGCAGCACCAGCUGGAGAAAGCCAAGCAACAGCACCAGGAGCUGCAAGCAUUGCAGCAGAACACUAAUGGCAAACUCCGAGAGUCCCAGAAUGACCUGGAGCAGGUAUUACGGCAAAUUGGAGAUAAGGACCAGAAGAUCCAAAACUUGGAGGCCCUGCUGCAGAAGAGUAAAGACAUUGUGAGUCAGCUGGAAGCCGAAAGAGAAGACUUGUGUGCCAAGAUUCAAGCCGGGGAGGGAGAGACGGCUUUGCUUAACCAACUAAAAGAGAAAAACCACACACUACAGGAACAGGUAACCCAGUUGACGGACAAGCUGAAGAAUCAGUUCGAGAGCAACAAACAGGCCCAGGACAAUUUACACAAACAAGUUCAGGAGCAGAAAACUCUCCUGCGCUCAUCCCAGGACCGGGCCCACACCCUGGAAACGUCUGUCAAUGAACUUACUGCCCAACUUGGAGACAGCAAGGAGAAGGUGACCCAGCUGGACUCUCAGCUAAAGGCAAAAACGGAGAUGUUACUCUCUACAGAAGCAGCCAAGGCUGCACAGAAGGCCAACAUGGAGAACAACUUGGAGUCUUCUCAGCACGCAUUGCAGGACAAGCAGCAGGAGCUGAAUAAAGUCCAGAAGAAAGUGCAGGAACAGACACAGAGGAUCAAGGAAAGACAGGAACAGUGCAACCAGCUGGAAGCCUCUUUGAAGGAAUACAAGGACAAACAUCUGGCCUCGGAGCAGUACGGAGAGAGGCUGGAGGGGCUCAAUAAGAAACUGGAGGCACAGGUCAUGGAGGCUCAGGCUGCAAGGGAUCAAACCCAGCUAGAGGUGAAGAAUUUACAGAAGGAGCUGUCGGAAGCCAAACAAAAAGCAACUGAGCUGCAGCUUUUGCUCAACAAUGAAAAAACAGGGAAUGUGGCACUACAGGAGGAAAUAAAUAUUAAGACCACCUCUUUGAGUGACAGCCAAAAACAGCUGGAGAGCUGCCAGCAGGACAAAGCUGCCCUCGAGCUCAAUUUGGUCAAGUUGACCCAAGAAGGGGAGGCACAGCACGCAGAAUUGCAUAAGAAAGCACAAAGCCUUGCUGCAGAAUUACUGAAGGCCCAACAGGAGAAAGAAACUCAAAAGACUGAGCUGAUCUCUGCUCAGGAAAGUCUCGGCAAGACCAGAAAAGCUCUGAAAGAAUGUCAGAGUCAACUGGACACUGAGCGGAAGAAUCAAAAGACAGCCAUGGCGGAAAAGGAAGUGUCGUAUGAAAAGGCAAAGCUGGAGCUUCAGCGGAAUAAUGAAAGCAUAAGCAAGGCAAUGACAGAAACCAAACAACAAUUGGAGCAGAUGAGAGAGGUAGAGAAGAAGCUAAAAGUGCAGUUAACAUCGUUGGAACAGCAGAACUCAAAGACUCUGGAAGUGUUGAAAGAGAAGGACCAAAAGCUGGAAAAACUGGAGGUGCAAUUUAAGACUGCCAGUGGAAGUCAUGAGGAGGAGAUAAAAAAGCUAAAAGGACAAGUCGGCGAGUUACAGAAAGUCAGUGUGACGAAAGAGGAGGAAGAGCGGCAGUUGAGGGAGCAGGUCACAGAGGUCAACCAGCAGCUGUCUUCUGAGCGGAGCCGGACAGCAGAUCUACAAAAGGCAUUAGAGCAAAGUCUCCAAAGCCUCACUAAGAUCCAGUCUGACUUGUAUGGCAAAGAGUCUGAGAUUUCAGCACUACAUCAAGAUAUUAAAGUAUCUGAGGAGAAGUUACGCUUAAGCCAGGAAGAGAGUGCAGCAAACCAGACUCAUCAGACUGCCUUGGAGAAUGAGAUCCAGGAACUGAAGAAGAGUCGUGGCUCUCUAGAACAGGAGUUAGCUAGUCGAGAUCAGACACUCAAACAGCUAGAGAAGACAUUGAAAGAACUCCAGAAACAACAGGGUCAACUUAAGGCCAACCUAGAGAAGGAGAGGAGCAAAAUGGAGGAGCUGCUCAAAAUCAAAAGUAAUCUGGAAAAGAACAACGGCAGAUUGACUUCAGAGAUGAAAACGCUAUCAGAGAAAAAUGACAAGGAGCUGCGAGAGCUGCUGGAAGCCAAGCAGCUUUUGAUCCAGCAGAAGCUGGAGCUGCAGGCCCAGGUGGAGCUUGGGCAGAAUGCCCUACAACAGGAACAAAAGGAGCACCAGACAACCAGGGACAACAGGAGCCAGAGAGAGCAGCAGCUUCUCUCCAAAGUUAAGGAGCUCCAAGAUCAGCUGGCGUCUGAGAAGCGAGCCAAAGAUGACGAAGUGAAGCGUGGCGAGGAUGCGGAGGCGAAGCUGGGCGUCCAGGUGGCGGCCCUGAAUGAAAAUGUGGCCACGCUGAAACGAGAGUGGCAGGCAAGCCAGCGACGGGUCUCAGAGCUCGACAAGCAGACUGAUGAGCUGAGGGGGGAGAUCGCAGUGCUGGAGGCCACUGUGCAACACAACCAGGAUGAAAGACGAGCACUUUUGGAGAGGUGUGUAAAGGGCGAAGGAGAAAUCGAGAAGCUUCAGACCAAGGUAAUGGAACUGAGACGCAAAGUUGAUGACACGACAGCGGCCAUGCAGGAACUGGGCCGAGAGAAUCAGUCCCUACAAAUCAAGCAGUCUCAGAGUCUCACCAGGAAGUGGGCAGAAGAUCAUGAGGUGCAGAACUGCAUGGCGUGUGGGAAAGUUUUCUCCGUCACUAUCCGAAAGCACCAUUGCAGACACUGUGGGAACAUUUUCUGCGCCGAGUGUUCGUCAAGGAACGCCCUGACGCCGUCCUCAAAAAAGCCUGUGCGGGUCUGCGAGACGUGCUUCGAAGAGCUCCAAGGCUGA